AUGGCAGCACCAGAGCGGUUUCUAAUAUUUCUCUCCUCCUUUUGCUUAUUUCUGCACAUAUGCAUAGGACAAUGUGAAAUCGAGACUGGUGAGAGUGUUAUCAUAAUGGAUAUAUUGGAAAGCAGAGGAAACCAGAUGGACCAGGAGACAGUGCCAGCCGAAUUGCCCAUACGCGGUGCUCCUCCUGCAGUGGAGUUGGCAAUUCAAACGACCACUGCAGAUGAGUUCUUCAUCGAAGGGAAGCGGCUCAGGCUGAAGAGGCCCAUCGACAGAGACGAUGGCAAGCUAAAUAUGGUUCGUUUGCAAAUUUCUUGUACGGAUGUCAUAACGAGGAUUCAGAGGAACAUUCCUGUUGUGAUUCGAAUCGGCGACAUCAACGACAACCCUCCUCUCUUUAAGUCCAGGUCUUACGAAACCUCAGUGUCCGAGAUGGCGCCAGUUGGCACGACCAUCUUCCGGGAUCUCUCCACAACUGAUGCAGACUCUGACAGCAAUGGUCUAGUUGAAUAUUACACAGCCCCUGGGGAUGCCACAGAGAAGGAUGGAUUUCCUUAUUUUGCCAUCAAUCUACCUCAUCAGGGACUGGUGACGGUGAAGAGGACACUGGAUUAUGAGAGAACAAGAACGUACUACCUCACCAUCCUUGCCAUGGACAAACCUCUAGAUUCUAGUCACCGUUUAACAGCUACAACUACAUUGACCAUUCACGUAUCUGACGGAGAUGAUCAAGAUCCAGCUUUUGUCUACGACGCAUGCGCGUUAGUCAACGGAGUCUGUGUGAACCCGGAAUACCGAGCUCACGUGACUAGUGGAAUUAUGGCUGGACUGUUGAAAGUGUCCCCCGAAGCAAUCUUUGCGAAAGACAGGGAUUCCAUCAACGCAGCUGUCAGAUAUUCUUUUGUGAAUGGUACGCCAUCUUUUUACGAUGAGUAUUUCGAAAUAGAUGCCAUAUCUGGGAGAGUGCGACAAUUAAAAGCACUGGACAGGAAGUUGACGAAGAGCUUGCAGCUAAUUGUUAAGGCGGAGGAACAAACAGACGGGCGUCGAUUUUCGACGGCCAAGUUAUUAAUCGACGUCGAUGCAGUCGACAACCACGCCCCGGUGCUUGAACCUUCGGCCAUGGAGGGAUACGUGGAUGAGAACUCUGCCAUUGGAACGACAGUCACCGUCGACAAGGAGGGGAAGGUACCGCUCGCUGUCAAGGUCACCGACGCAGAUUUGAGUGCAGAAGACGGUCCCGUGUCUUACGAGUUUGAAGUGACGACCGGGUCCUUUCGGGUCAACUCUGAGGGAUUCCUGGUGGUGAACGAACCCAAUCUUGACAGAGAUCCGCCCAGCCCCAACAAGUACACUUUUCAGGUGAUCGCAAGACAACUGCAUGCCCACCCCGGGAAAGGCGCCACUGCUCCAGUUUCUCUGAGUGUUCACUUGAACAACGUGAACGACAAUUCACCAGUCAUUGCACCUUUGUCCAGUGUCCGACUGCCUGCCGGAGACGGGAUCAGAACAGUCACGAAGGUUGUUGCAGCAGAUGCUGAUGACGUUUCGGGAUCUGAGCAGUUGGUGUUUUCGAUAUACCACGUGUCCAACGACGGCCUGUCCAAGUUCCGCAUCGGCCGGACGUCCGGCCUCGUGGAAGUGGUGGACAGCGUGGCUGCCGGACAGUCGUUCAGCAUCACUGUGCAAGCCACUGAUCCUGGGGGCAGGUUCAGUCAGGCCAUUCUGGACGUGAUGGUGAUUGCUGGCCCCAAUUCCGGAGGGCCCGUUUUUUCACAGGAUCGGUACGAUGCCCAAGUAAGCGAGGGCGCUGCAGUGCAUUCCACUGUUGUCACCGUUACAGCUGAAGACCCAGAGAAAGAUGAGGUAACAUAUUCAAUUAUGGAGGGGAACAUCAACGGAGAUUUCACUAUCAAUCCCAGAAGUGGUACUAUUUCCGUAGCCCGUCGUCUAGAUCGUGAAGAAGUUUCCGCUUACUCUCUUAUCAUCAAAGCUGCCGAUCCAAGUCAAAUGUUCACAACUACAGCCGUUGACGUCAGAGUUACUGACAUUAAUGACAAGAACCCUGUCUUUCUUCAACCUGAAUACACUUUUAGGGUGGAUGAGGGGCUGCAUGAUGCUUAUGUGGGGACUGUUCAGGCAAGAGAUGAUGAUAUUGGCGUAAACGGAGAAAUCACUUAUUCUUUGUCUGGAUCAAAUGACUUUUACUUGGACCCUAUUUCUGGUGAGUUGCGAACAACUCGGGCGCUCGACUUCGAGAGUCAAUCGAAGCUCCACCUGGUGGUGACGGCAAGAGAUGGAGCCCCCGAUUCUCGUCACGGCACUGCAUCGGUCACGGUCCUGGUGGGGGACGUGCAGGACGAGAAGCCAGUGUUCGAGAAAAGCCUUUACGAAGUCAUCGUACCAGAGAACGAAGCCAACUACGAGGUUCUUCAAGUGAAGGCUCGAGACCCAGACUCUGUGAGCAGUGUCACCUACGUCAUCAAAGAGGGCGCUGAAGGAAUGUUCACCAUGGACUCCAGCACAGGGACCAUUCGCACUCUCGAACCACUGGACUACGAGCGAAAGUCAUCUUAUAGCCUGGUGGUUGGAACGAUGGAGAACGACACUCCAGACCCCAGGGCCACAGCUACUGUUGCCAUUUCUGUGGAGGAUAAAAAUGACGUAGCACCUGUGUUCACCAGUGUCCCAUUGCCAAUACGGCUGCAAGAUACAGUGCCUCUGGGAACGGUCGUGACCACUGUUGUGGCUUCUGACGCAGACGGAACGGCUCCGGGAAGCGAAAUCCGGUACGAAGUAACUGGUAAAGAGAAAGCACCAAGCUAUUUCCUGAUUGACCCGGAAUCGGGCCUGAUCUCUGUCAAGGACGACUUGCGGAAAGAACCGGAUUCCGAAUACAGAAUUGAAGUGAUAGCUAAAGAUCUUGGAGUUCCGGCUCUGUCAGCCACAGCCACCCUCACUGUCUAUGUAGAGCACAUAGCCACCGUGGCUCCAGAUUCAGGACUCGGUUUCGCAGAUUCGCUUUACAACGUGGAGGUGGCGGAAAACUCCCUACCUAAUACUCUCAUCAAGAAUUUGCCAGUGAUCAAUAAACCGAGAGGCAAUUUCCCUAUUGGAUGCCGCAUCGACAGAGGUAACGAAGAAGGUCUGUUCUAUGUGGUGGAAACGAAUCACAGGGAUUGUGAGUUGCGCUUGAAAACUGGAGAACUGGAUUAUGAGAGGCAAAACAAAUACAUCCUCACCGUUCGGCUCGUCACCAUUGGAGGACUCAUAAGUAAUACUCGCCUGCGGACAGACGUAGCUGUGUUCGUCAUGGACAUCAACGACAAUCACCCGGAGUUCUUGUACCCAUUGAGGUACUCCAGGAUAUUCGGCGACAAGUACAUCGCCGCACUAUCCCAUGAUUCCCCGCUGGAGACUGCAUUCAUACAAGUGCAGGCUCUAGACGCGGAUGCCGGACUCAAUGGUCUGGUGACGUACGAGAUUGCUCCAGAGUCGGAUCCGUUCCGGCGUUUCCGGAUCGAUCCGCAUUCCGGCUUCAUCAGCAACACCAAGUCCCUCGAAGACGUAUGGCCGGAAGAACUUCCGAUCCGGCUGACGAUCAUCGCUAGAGACAAUCCAGAGCUGAGAUCUUCCAUGAUGAUCGAGACCACGCAAGUACUGGUCAAUGUUAUCCGUGAUGAAAACCGAAUGGUUCUUGUUUUGAAGCAUGCUAUGCCAGACAGAGUUUUGGGCAUGAAAGAGGACAUUCUUAGACUGAUCCAGGACCGUACCAAUGUGAUUGCCGAUGUUGAGAAAGUGGUUGCCCUCAAGAUGAUUCGAAACAGUUCCAUUGAAACAGAUGUAUCUGGGAGUGACUUGUGGUUCUAUGCAAUUGAUCCCUCGACGAUGAAGAUUCUGAGAGCUGCAGAUCCGAAAGUUCGCAUGUCAUUGUUGGAACACGGAAAAUCGGACAGCCUACUCUCGGAGCUCUCUCGUACCCUCGGAGCUCAAGCCGUCCAGAUUCGCCCCCCAAUCCUGACCCCCAUCACAACCACCCCCGCCCCUCCGCCCUUAGUGAUCAUCGCCACAGGAGGGGGCGGGGGUACUCGUGGCCCAUCCUCCGCGGGCGGUGACGUCAGUGAUUUGGGGGCGGCGCUCAUUGCGCUUGCUUGCAUCAUUGCCGUGCUGGGAUUUGCGGGCAUCAUUUACCACUGCUGCAUGUGGUCCAAGUACAUAGCUUAUCGCGAGAGAAUGAAGAGGAUGUAUGUGGCUCCCAGAUACGAACCCGUCUUCGUGGAGCCCAGUCUCAAAGAAUAUGAGACUCAAGUCCUACAGAUGAGCAUACCACUGGAUGACGACGGCGGGGGUGGGAGUAUCGGGGAUCCUCACCUGUCCCUGACCUUGAGGGGUAUGGAGGGCAUCGCAUACAUAGGGGGCUCCCAGAGAGGGGGCCCCGAGCAUAGCUUCUCCACGGGCGGCUCUUCAAGGAGCUCCUUCGGCCAUAGUGGUAGUACGGCGGUCGAGGACCAGGGGGACCUCAUGAUGCCCGCCACGAACCCCCUCUUCGAAGAUCCCGACCAGGACGAAGGUGGCGAAUCUUCGAACUCUUCAGAAGGGAAAGUGGCUCUAGUCGAGACGCACCAACCUCCUCCUCACAGGACUAAGUACAUUGCAGAAAAUACGACGGAGUUAUAG